AUGCCUCCAAGAAGAGCCCCAGCCCAGCCGAUGCAAUCCAAAACAAAGAAAAAGGCCAUCCCCUGGGACCGAGACGGUGUAAAUGGUGGCGACUCCAGCAUUGACAUUGUUCUGGACUGGCUCUCAACCGGAAACAACUAUGAACGAUGGCGCGGUGAUAAUGAGAAAGGCAUGACCAAGACCCGGUUAUGCUCCGAGAUAGUCCACAUCAUGAACCAAAAGGGUAUCCGACAUCGAGACACCAAGGGAGUCCGCCAAAAGAUUGGAGAUCUCCAAUCUUCUUACAACACGGCUCGUGACUUUGUGAAGAACACCGGUGAGGGUAUCAUGGCUGCAGAUGAGCUCAACGGGGUGCACACUGUAUACGAUCGCAUUUAUGAGCUUUGUCGUUAUUGGAACAUCCUUGAUCCCAUCAUGGCAGCCAGAUCAGUUACCGAGCCCCUUCACAUUCGAUCCUCAGUUGGUGGUGAUCAACCAGGCCACCAAGAUUCAACCAACAACGAUGGGACUGACAAUACUGCUGCAAUUGAAGAUCCACCCAGCAAUCGAACUAGUUCCCAGUCUCCUGCCAUGCCCAGUGAUUCCGUGGUCCUCCCUGAUGCUUCAGCUUUACUCAUUCCACCUCCAUCUUUAGCCACAACUGCACCGCCCUUGCCAGCCCACCCUACACCGGUAGCCCAUUCUCAAACCAGAAACAAGUCUAAAUCUUCCAACCGUUCCACUCACCGAGGUUCAUCCCGUCCCUCCAAAUAUAAAAAGAAGAACAACACCGAGGACCUUUACAUGAUGUCAAUAAUAUCAAAACGGCAGGCUGAGGUCACCAGGGCACGCGCUGAGGCUAGCAAGGUCAAAGUGUCCUACAUGAAGGAACUCAGGGAGCAUGGCUUGUCCCUUGAAGAAAUUGAGCGAAAGGCCGCUCUUGAGUUCCCCCCCUGUGCUGACAUGGAUGACACCUUAUCCAACGAAAAUUCUGAGGAUUCUGAUUAG